AUGGCGCCUUUUGCAGAGAACCUGCGCAGUGUCCGACUCGUCUCAGACACCAAGCAUGAUACGACGCAUGUGGACCGAGACUUGUUAGAAGCCCAGUUUGAAGCACGUAUUGACGACGAAUGGAUGGUUCUGACUGUUCCAAACGGCGGUUAUAUUCUUGGUCUCGUUAUUCAGGCGUGUACGUUGUUGCAAGAAGGCUCACCCCAGCCCGAGCCACUCUACCUCUCCUCCCAAUUCCUGGGCUCUACAUCAGUAGGACCUUGCACAAUCAUCGUCAGCAGAGUCAAAAGCGGAAAGUCAUAUGUAAAUCUCACCGCCAAACUGGUCCAAAAGGCACGUCUUCUGGACGUUUCUGUGGUUCUCCUCCUUUAUGGGAAACUCUCCGUUGCUAAACACCCUUACGGCUCGUUUCCGGCGACUCGGAAUCAGCUCACCCUCGCACACCCAUCUGGGCUAAGUCGACGUUGCCCUAUCUCUAUUCAUCCAUCCAAGUGUAGUACCACUCCAUUCGAACGCCCGUACACAUUCAAGAAACAUCUCAUCCAAGCCAUCGACCCGUACUACGUUGCCAAAAUGGAACGCCUCGCCAGCCUAGAGCACGCUGGAAAUGCUGAGAGUGGAGAUCUUGGUGGUGGGAUAUUCGAAUGGGGAGGAUGGUACGAGAUGGUAGACGAAGGCGACAUCAUCACUCCCCCGCUCAUUUCGUUCCUCGGAGACGUAUCGCCUCUCCUCCUCCCGCAAUCUAUUGCAGCUAAACGCGAGGUUCCAAUGUGGGUCCCAACGCUUGGACUGUCGAUCGACUUUAAAUACCACGUCCCAGCACCGGGCGAAACUAUUCCAGGGAUCGCAAAGCGUACUGUCGGUAUCUUCUUUACCAGCAAGUUUUUGAUCGAGGGUCGACAUGAUGUGACAGCAGAGAUUUGGACGGCGCCGAGUGCCAUUGGACAGGGUGUUGAAGAACCAGGAUGGCAAGAUAGAAUGUUCUGCAUGGCACUCGUCAACCAGAGCGCAACGUCUGCGCCAGCUGAGAUGAACUUGAAGCACGCAGUCAAGAAAGGUUCAAAGCUAUAG